AUGGCUUCUAGGGUGUUACCGACCAACUUUGAUGUCGACUAUGUCAUUAGCUACCGAAUGCCCCAAGAUGACAAGGAAGCGGGCAUUACUCAGUUCAAGAAGCUCAUUCGAGGUCUCGCCGAGAUUGGGUUGACCACCGAAGUGCGACGAGGCGAUGAAACAUCCUUGCUGGUCUUUGUCAGGGCCGCCGAUGAGAAGAUAUUUGCAGACGUGGUUUACCGAUCAAGGAUAAAAGACUGGCUACACGGAGUUCGACAACUUCAGCCCAGCAAUGACCCUGCACAGACUCUAACCUCAGAGCCUCUAACGGUCGCCGAGCGGCAUCGACAUAUUCACCACAUGAUAUGCUGCCCACGGGAAGAGGGAGGAGCUGGCAUCACACCAAAACACAGCGAAUGGAAGAAUGUGGAAGCUGUGUUUCCCUUACAUGACCACGUCAAAAACAAGGCAUGGCUGACUGAGUUUACCCGGAAGACAUUUCUGACACCAGGUGACCUGGACGAAAUCAGGAACACUGUUGGCGAAAAGAUUGGCUACUACUAUGCAUUCCUGCAAUCCUAUUUCUCCUUCAUGAUCUUUCCUGCCGCCUUCGGCUUCUCAUGCUGGGUCCUCCUGGGCAAUUACUCCCCUAUCUAUGCAAUAGUCAACGGCCUGUGGUGUGUCGUCUUCAUCGAAUACUGGAAACGUCAAGAACGAGAGCUGGCUAUUCGAUGGAACGUCAAGAGAGUGUCAUUGAUUGAGGAUAAAAGGAGAGAGUUUGAAUCGGAGAAAGUUACCACGGAUCCUGUCACGGGCGAGAAAGUCGCGUACUUCCCAGCAAAGAAGCGACUCCAGAGACAACUCCUCCAAAUCCCGCUGGCAGCUUUAUGCGUGGUUGCACUCGGAGCUGUUAUAUGCAUCUGCUACGCCAUCGAAAUCUUCAUCUCUGAAGUCUACGACGGCCCUCUGAAGUCCAUUCUCGUCUUCCUUCCCACCAUUCUCCUCACCCUUGCAGUACCCACCAUCAGCAACUACCUCACAGGAUUUGCCGAAAAGCUCACUUUCUACGAAAACUACGAAACUCAAGACGCUCAUGAUAGGGCUAUGAUUUCCAAGGUUUUCGUCAUCAACUUCAUCACCUCGUAUACGGCAAUCUUCUUAACUUCCUUCGUAUACGUCCCUUUUGCCUCCAUCUUGGUGCCUUAUCUGGAUAUCUUCGGUUUGACAGUUAACGCAUUCGCCGAGAACGAAAAGCAACUUGCGGCACCAUCUCCUGCGGCCUUCAGCAUCAACCCCAACCGUCUACGUAAUCAGAUGAUCUAUUUCGCAGUGACGGCCCAAGUCGUCAAUUUCGCCAUGGAAACAGUCAUGCCAGUCGUCACACAAAGAGGAACCAAGAAAUUUAAGGAAAUCAAAUCCCAGCGCGCCGAAAAGCACGGUGGGACUACACCUUCGGUCGCUGACCACGACCCGCCCGAGGAGAAGGAAUUCCUAACUCGAGUCCGCGAAGAGGCUGCUCUACCAGAAUACGAUGUGACCUCAGACCUGCGUGAGAUGUGCAUACAAUUCGGUUAUCUCUCGCUUUUCAGUGUCAUAUGGCCUCUGACACCGGUUUCAUAUUUUAUCAACAACUGGAUCGAGUUGAGGGGUGACACCUUCAAACUGACGGUUGAAUGCCGCCGACCCAAUCCAGCCCGAGCAGAUUCCAUUGGACCCUGGCUCGAUAGUCUCGAAUUCCUCGCCUGGCUCGGCAGCAUCACCUCCGCGGCGCUGGUGUACAUGUUCUCAGGUGGUGAUGGGCAAGGGCCGGAUGGUAGACCCCAUGCCAUCAAGCUGUGGGCACUACUGCUUAGCGUCUUCGUCUCGGAGCACACCUUCCUGUUGGUGCGCCUGCUAGUCAGGACAGCCAUCAGCAAGCUCGACUCUGCGGCCAUGCGUAAGGAGCGCAGCGAACGCUUCAUGGUACGUCGCAAGUACCUUGAGGAAGCCGGGUUGGGCCACGCGGUUAGACCCCUUGCUUCCCCUCCUAACAGUCCGCUCAUGACCGAAUCUGGAGAACACGCAUUCGCCAGCAUUACGAAACAGAGUCUCGAAGAAGACGCAAGGGACCAGAGUGUGUCUACGAGUAGCUCGGCGGAAAGCGCAACCGAGAGGUUUUGGAUGCGGCAGCGGAACUGGGCAGAGUGUGAGAGGGUCGGUCUCGCCAUGAUUGACCUGAUGGACCUCGGGACGCACAAAGGGAAGAAGGUACAAUGA